CUUUCUGAACUCGGGAGAAAGCUCUUACGAAGAGAGGGGUGACGGCCGACAUGAACAAGAUCACUGUAUAUUGUCAGAUCGAUUCAGUGUGCAGCCUUUCCCCAGUUCUCCUGUACGAAAUUGAUAUCCUCACAUCUUCACUUGUUUCCACUGCCGCCUACCAUUCUUAUUCUUACUUCGUGUCUUAGGCUAGCAAGCACAGAAACAAACACAUCUACACACAGAGAAGCACCCGCUCAAACACACAGAGAUUUUCAAUGGACAAAGAAAGAGAUCAGAUAUAUGAGCCUCUUUCUCAUGAUGAUAGCCAUUCCUCUGGUUCCGCAGAUGUGGAUGAAAAUCAGUCUCACAAGUCUCAUCUUUUUCUUCGUCGACGUAGCCAGCGGUCACUCCAAUGGCUGCCAAGGCUCAUUCGACUAAUUGAGAUCUUCAUUGUGAUGGGUUCUCUUGCCUUUGGAUCUUACGGCUUCAUCUGGUUCGACAAGUCAUCUUCGGACCAAGUUUGCCCCAUAGAACCCUUUUUCAGACCUGAGUGGGAUCAUAUCAAAGACAGUGGUUUGACCUGGACUGCGCAUCUCACUGGGUCUGAAUCAGGCGUUUUUAUGGGGGAACCAUCAAUGGAACGUAAAGCUGCGUGGGAAAAGCUAUUGAAAGACCGUGGCGUUACAUUGAGUGCAGCGGAACUGGAAGUUUUGAAUACAAAGGGAGAAAUACCUAGCCUGGCAGGUGAAACGACUGGUUCUGGCACAUAUAUUGGAUAUCAAUUGAUGUCAGGCAUGGACUAUCAGCUGCAUUGCCUUAGUCUUAUCCGACAAUGGAGUUACUGGGAUCACUAUCAGACGGCAAUGACUGAGCUUCCAGAGGUUUUCAUGAGCGCUCCCGAAGACGCUCAUGCGCUAGUCGAUUUUUGCCUAGAAUCCCUCAGGUUGCAGGUUCUUUGCUCAUCUAACCAGAUGCGAUUUCUCGUGCCUAAUGCCACCUCGACCACCGGAUAUAGGGGUCCAACUGUGCUGCAGAAGGAGGAAGCACGAUGGCAAUGUGCAAGGAAUAUGUGAUUCUCAGAUACCUCAUACUUCUCACGAAGUUGCUUAUGUGUUGCUUAGGGUCGAGAUCUGGGAAGCAGGGAGGCUAGCUAACUGAUGAAAUAACUACAUCUUUGAAUUGAUCCUUGGCCACCUUUGCUGUGUUAAAAGAUGCAUUGUCCUAAAUCUGAUAUAUACCCAUUC